ACUAUACAGUUCAGGCUGGCCUUGAACUCACUUUGUAGCCCAGGCUGGCCUCAAACUCACAGUGAUCCUCCUGCCUCAGCCUCCUGAGUAUUGGGAUUACAGGCGUGCACCACCACGUCAGGCUACAAUGAGAACUUCUGUUCUUGGUGACGCUGCUGAGGAUGAGCUUCUGCAGUUUUCCCCAGGACCUAGAAGCAUCUUGGGCCUUGGACUAGUCUCUCUGACCUUACCGCACCUGAAGCUGUCUUGGUCCUGGUGCUGGAUGGCAGAGGCCAUCUUCUGGGCCGCCUGGCAGCCAUUGUGGCCAAGCAGGUCCUGCUGGGGCACAAGGUGGUGGUUGUGCGCUGUGAGGGCAUCAAUAUAUCUGGCAACUUCUACAGAAACAAGUGCGUCCUGUGCUCUCCCUCCAGUGAAGUACUUGGCCUUUCUCCGCAAGCGGAUGAACACCAACCCAUCUCGUGGCCCCUACCACUUCCGGGCCCCUAGCCGCAUCUUCUGGCGAACUGUGCGAGGGAUGCUGCCCCAUAAGACCAAGCGAGGCCAAGCUGCCCUGGACCGCCUCAAGGUGUUCGAUGGGAUUCCACCACCCUAUGACAAGAAAAAGCGAAUGGUGGUUCCUGCCGCCCUCAAGGUUGUGCGCCUGAAGCCAACAAGGAAGUUUGCCUACCUGGGUCGCCUGGCCCAUGAGGUUGGCUGGAAGUACCAGGCGGUGACAGCUACCCUGGAGGAGAAGAGGAAGGAGAAGGCCAAGAUCCACUACCGGAAGAAGAAGCAAAUCAUGAGGCUACGGAAACAGGCUGAAAAGAAUGUGGAGAAGAAAAUUGGCAAGUUCACAGAGGUCCUCAAGACCCACGGACUCCUGGUCUGAACUAAUAAAGACUGUUUUCUGCCUCA